AUGGUUGAACAUAAUCUUCAGGGCGAUGAGGACUCCCUCUAUACAACAAAUUCGGACUAUACUAGCUCCAUUCCCGUUGGAAAAGUUCAGUUAAAGGGCACCUCAAAUGAGUUUAUCGUAAUCGGAAACAAGAAGUACUACACCCAUGAGUUAAUGAGUGCUUUUGGUGGUACGUUGAACCCCGGCCCUGCUCCAUAUCAACACGAGUACGGAAAUCCAGCUGCUUUGGGCUUGAGUGCUUUCGCUAUGACAACUUUUGUAUUGUCUUUAUUCAAUGCACAAGCCAUGGGUAUCACAACUCCAAACGUUGUACUUGGUCUUGCAUGCUUUUACGGUGGAGCUGCGCAAUUCGCUACUGGACUCUGGGAAUUGUUUCUUGGAAAUACAUUUGGAGGUACCGCAUUAACUCUGUUUGGCUCAUUUUGGUUAUCAUUUGCUGCUAUUAGAAUUGGAGCAUUCGGAAUUGAAGAAGCUUACAAAGGAGCAGAAGACCAGUUUGCAAAUGCUGUGGGUUUUUUCUUGAUCGGAUGGGCGAUGUUCACAUUCAUGUUGACAUUAGCUACAAUGAAGUCCACUUUGGCUUUUUUCCUGUUGUUUUUCUCUCUUACCAUCACUUUCAUUCUCUUGGCAAUUGGUGCAAUGACAGGAGUAGUAGGUGUUACUAGGGCAGGAGGUGUUACUGGUGUUAUAACUGCUUUCAUUGCAUGGUAUAAUGCAUGGGCAGGUACUGCAACCAGUCAGAACUCUUACUUCACUUCACACGUCAUUCCCUUGCCUCAUUAG